GGCAGAAAGCCUGCGACGGAAAACAAGCGAGGACAGGUCGAGUAGUACAUGCCCAGACCUUUUUUAAAAUAUAGAAAAACUGACAAUCCCAAGGAUAUGUGGAUGUGAACGUUAUUUUUGCCACUUUCACGCGGGCUCUGAUACUUAUUAUUUGGCACGCGGGCUCUCGUCUUGGCGUGUUGAACGUGUCGCUGUUUGCCCAUUCUCACUGGAGUGAACACUAAGGGGGACUCCAUGAAAGAUGACAGAGGAGGUGAUUGUUGUAGCCAAGUGGGACUACAUGGCCCAGCAGGAGCAGGAACUUGACAUCCGUAAAAAUGAGCGUCUCUUCCUCUUGGACGACUCGAAGACGUGGUGGCGUGUUCGCAACGCCGCCAACCAAACAGGGUACGUGCCAUCAAACUACGUUGAGCGCAAGAACAGUCUGAAGAAAGGCUCGCUGGUGAAGAACAUCAAAGACACACUCGGUUUGGGGAAAACAAAGAGAAAGACGAGUGCCCGUGAUGCAUCCCCAACACCAAGCUCAGACACUGAGUAUCCUUCAAACGGCAGCGGGGGAGGAGUUGUGGGAGGAGCCACAGAGAGGAUCUAUGACCUCAACAUCCCUGCUGUGGUUAAGUUUGCCUACACAGCCGAGAGGGAUGAUGAGUUGACCCUGGUCAAGGGCUCCAGAGUGAUCGUAAUGGAGAAGUGCAGUGACGGCUGGUGGCGGGGCAGCCAGGCUGGGCGCGUUGGUUGGUUUCCCUCAAAUUAUGUCCAGGAGGAGCUCGGCGGGGCUGAUGAGAGAGGGGAGGGGGAUUCCCCACGGAGCUAUGGGGUCUCUCAAGGGACUUUGUUGGCCAACGGGGGCACAGGUGGCCGCAACGAAGUUCUUCACUUGGUUCAAACACUCUACCCCUUCAGCUCCGUGACAGAGGAGGAGCUAAACUUUGAGAAGGGAGAGGUCAUGGAGGUGGUGGAGAAGCCGGAGAAUGACCCAGAGUGGUGGAGGUGUAAGAACUCGCGUGGCAUGGUGGGCCUGGUGCCUAAAAACUAUGUGAUGUUGCUGGAUGAGCGGCCCGGUCUGCUCUCCUCUACGUCGAGUUCUCCACAGAACCGCUCAGUGGCACCAGCACGCUCAGGGAGGUUUGCUGGGAGGGACUGGUACUACGGCAACAUCACCAGACACCAGGCGGAGUGUAUACUCAACGAGAGGGGGGAGGAGGGUGACUUCCUCAUACGAGACAGCGAGUCAUCGCCCAGUGAUUUCUCAGUAUCUCUGAAGGCGGUGGGUAAGAAUAAGCACUUUAAAGUGCAGCUGUCAGACGGAGUAUACUGUAUCGGCCAGCGCAGGUUUAACUCCAUGGAUGAACUAGUGGAACAUUACAAGAAGGCACCCAUCUUCACCAGCGAACAUGGAGAGAAGCUGUACCUGGUCAAAGCGCUGCUGUGAUUCACACUUCCUCACACCUACACUGGAUCUCCUAUACACACAAACACUCUUACACACAAUACCAAUGCCGCUCCCUGACUGUCUUAACUCAAGCCUUAGCUCUGGACCCUCUCGCUGUGGCGUCUCUACCACAUCCAGAUCUUUAGUCACAUCUCGGUUUUUUUCGGGCUCUCUCCUGUGGCGACCGACUGAAAACCAGGUGAAACUCUUAUCGAGUUUUUCAGUGGAGCAGUUCUAACCCUAAGACAGCCAGCAGUGUGCCAGCAAAUGCUCACAUACUCUGUGUACAACAGUGUGGGAUGAGCCUCUCUGUAAUGGAUGUGCUAACAUGCAGUGACCAUAUCUGCUGCUAACAGAAUGUCUGAGGCCUUGUUGGGGUUGAGCUCUCCCUCUGAUGUCAUACAUAAUGUCUAUUUACAAUCACGCACAUUGUAUGUUACACCAUUGCUCUUAAUCCAUGCAGGAGGACAGAUAUUAAACAGUUCAAAGAGGACUCAGAGCUCUGUGGGACCUAAAUCUGGUGUUUUCCUGUAUAAUUGCUGGCCAUUGUUUUGUUCAUUUAUUUUUUUUUUUAGUUUCUUGUUAGGCAAGUUAACGUUUUCUUUUUUUUAAAGCUAGGUUAAAUUCCUCCUCUCGGGAGGUUUGAUUUGUUGCUUUUUCACAAAGUGACCAGGAUCACUCUUUUGCCUUUUUCCUCCUAAUUUCCACCAUUCCUCUACAUGAUUUUUUUUCAAUUUUAUUUCUUUUUUCUUUUUCAGUUCUUCCUAUUUCUUAUUUCUGUCUCUACUGACCCAGUCAUUGUUAGUGAUACAACACUUACUCUAUUGGCAGUGAGGGUGGGUGAGGCAUUAAUGCAACAGUGGAGAGUUCUGCAGAGUUUGAAUGUUGAUCCAUGUAACCAAAUGUGCCACCCUAUACCCAUGACUACUGGCUCUGGGAUGGUACUGCACUCACUAUUCUUUGAUUCAUUCAUAGGUCUGUGCUUAUGCUUUAUAUUGUGUCACAAUGUUCAUGUUACUGCUCUGUUCUCUUGUGUCUGUAGCUACACGAGGAUACUGACUAAAGGAAAAAAACAAAACAUUUUUUGGUAACAAUUUUGAGUAACUACACUAAUCCUGCAGUAGGAUGCAGUUACUACAUCUUAUGAUGUAGUAUUUGUCAGUGUCUUUGAGAAUGAUUACAGAGAACUUUGCAGGAACUGUAAACAAAAAGCCAAACAGUUAUUGAUUGAAAGAGACCAUAUUCAAGACUAUAUAGCAAGUCGUGACCUGAAGCUCUAAGUCACAGAUCUCUUCAUAGGUUAACAUAUAUGUUACCAAUCUCAAGCCAUGUUUUUGUUAAUUCCUUUCCAAAUAGGAAGUGUGCAGCCACUUAGCAACUGUAACUAGGCAUGGCUGGUCUGUCAGACCCAGACAUUUAAAAUAAAAAAAGCAAUUUGAAGAAAAGGGCUUUUGAACUAAAGCCAACUGAAAAAAGUUAAAGUAGAUUUGUUAAUAAAAUUGCCAGCUAUUUCAACUAAUUAUACUUUGCAUAAGUGCUGGAGGAAGCCAACACUAACCCAACAUAGGGUCAGUAACUGAAUGGGUCGGGGCUUAGAAAACAUUCAGUGCAAAAACACCAAAUACACCUUCAUCUAGUUUCUGAGUCUAGGCCUACCAAACAUUUAUCUGUUUUUCAUUUAUGUGCAUUUGUUUACCAAUGUAAGUGUUGAUCAUGGGGUCCUCAGCUUUUAUGAUAUAUCUGAAUGUUACUGAGCAUUGUUAUUUAAUUCUUGUCUCCACUGUAUGUAUAUAUUCAAAAUAAGAGGUGCAUAUAUGAAUCAUUAAGAUCAACUAUGGUACUGUAUCACCGACAACGUGAUGAGAAUUAAAAUACUUUUGUUCAAUAAAAAUUUUUGAUGAACGCUUGUGACUGCUGAUUGUCCCAGGCAGAGUGUGGAAAGCGA